AUGGUACAAACUCAAUCUUCUCCACAUGUUGAAAUAAAAUUUGAACAUCAACCGACGUUAGAAUCAGAUGCAAAUGAAAGCAUAAUAUCUACAAAAAAUGUCAAUGAUCAGGAGGCUCAGACCGUCGAAAAUGAUGGCUUAUUACAUGGGAUUGAAUUAUUUUUGGUUAUAAUUGGUCUUGGUUGUUCCGUAUUUUUAGCCGCGUUAGAUCUAACGAUCGUUGCGACCGCCUUACCUAAAAUAGUUUCCGACUUUAAUGGGUUAGAUCAAAUAGCGUGGGUCGCAACUUCUUAUCUACUUACAACGACUUCCUUUCAACCAAUCUAUGGAAAAUUAUCUGAUAUUUUUGGUCGUAAAGUUACAUUCUUAUUCGCAAUUACUAUCUUUGAAUUGGGCAGUUUAUUAUGCGGUGUUGCUUCUAAUAUGGUUUCAAUGAUAAUAUACCGUGCCAUCGCUGGUAUUGGAGGUGGUGGUGUCAUUGGAAUUGUUUUGAUUAUUAUUUCAGACAUUGUCAGCACUAAAGAUCGAGGAAAAUACCAGGGCAUCGUCGGCGCAUGCUAUGGUAUUGCUUCCGUAGUUGGACCGCUCAUGGGUGGUGCAUUUACUGAUCAUAUUAGUUGGAGAUGGUGUUUCUUCAUCAAUCUUCCUCUAGGUGCAAUGACAAUAGUUGCUAUAAUUUUUUUUCUACAUAUGAAAAUGCCAACUGGUUCAUUACUUGGCAAAUUCAAGAGAAUUGAUUUUAUUGGUAUAAUUAUAAUGAUCGCAUCAACUGUUUGUAUCUUAUUACCUCUUAAUUGGGGAGGUAGUACUUAUGCUUGGAAUAGUCCAGUGGUUAUAACGCUUUUUUGUGUUGGUGCCGUUGGUUACGUAAUAUUCGGUCUUGUUGAAUGUUACGUAGUUUUUGAACCUGUUGCUUCACCCUCACAAUCCGGAGUAGAUUUCAUGCCUUACAUUCUUGGUGUAGUAGCAUUCUCAAUCACAUCCGGUCAAAUGUUCUCUCGCACUGAUAAAAUAUCAUUUCGAUAUGUGACUUUAUUUGCCGCAUCAUUGUCAAUAAUCGGUGGCGGCCUAAGCACCACGUGGAGUGAAAACACGAGAAUUGGUGAAUUAAUAGGAUAUAUGAUAUUAAGUGGUGCUGGUGUUGGUAUAAGUAUUCAAUCUAUUAUAUUAUGCGUUCAAGGAUUGGUUGAGCAUAAAGAUAUAGCUUCUGUUACUACUUUAACACUAUUCUUUAGAAGUAUUGGAGCUGUUUUUGGAAUUGCAAUAUCAGGAACAGUGUUUAAUAAUAAGAUUUCGCAAGAACUAAAUACAAUAACUUUACCUUCAUAUUUUUCAACACAAUCUGUAUAUACUAUACAAUUAUUACCACCUGAUACAAAGUCUUUGGUUAUUCACGCUUAUGUGUCAGCAUUUCAAUCUAUUUUUUACUUUAUAAUACUUUAUGGUGCAUUGAUGUUUAUUUCUGCUUUGUUUAUGGGAAAUAGUAAACCUAAAUAUAAUGAAGGUGAUGAAAAAGUUGCUACAUUUGAAUAG